CGACCACACUCUGGAUGGAUCGAGGUAAGAGGAGAGUUACAGACGAGGGAUAGUCGUCUGCCUGCUUGCCGAAAGCUGAGAAUUCGAAUAAACAUGUUGGGGAGUGUGAAAGAGCUGGUGCUGCUCUUGACCGCUGUGACGUCAGCGCUUGUGUCCAGCGCGCCUUCCAAAGAUCAGAUCCAGCACCUUCCAGGUCUUGCUCAACAGCCGACGUUCAAACAGUACUCGGGCUAUCUCUCCGCUCUGGGGACCAAACAGUUGCACUAUUGGUUUGUGGAGUCUCAGAACGAGCCCAGCAGCGACCCCGUGGUCCUGUGGCUCAAUGGCGGGCCCGGAUGUAGCUCUCUCUUUGGCCUCCUUCAGGAAAACGGCCCGUUUAGGGUACAGCCGGACGGCAAGACGCUGGUGGCCAACCCGUCUAGCUGGAACACUCUCACCAACGUUAUCUACCUAGAGGCCCCGGCCGGAGUCGGCUAUUCCUACUCCAAAGACAAAGAUUAUAGGACGGACGACGACGACACUUCUCUAAAUAACUUAGUGGCCAUGGUCGAUUUCUUUAGGAAGUUUCCAGAAUACAAGAAGAACGACUUUUAUAUCACUGGCGAGAGUUAUGGAGGAAUCUACGUACCGCUCCUGGCGUUGAGAGUGGUUGAGAACACAACGAUCAACCUUAAGGGCUUUGCUGUCGGUAACGGGUUAUCUGAUGUGAAGCUGAAUGAUAAUUCGGUUAAUUUCCUCACCUACUACCACGGCAUCGUGGGGUCGGAACUGUGGGAUAAAACGCUAAAGGAUUGCUGCAAGGGUCUUCCCAAUGACAAAUGUGACUUUGACAAGCAAAGGAAAGUUGACAAGGACUGCCAAAAUGAUAUAUCAGAGAUCCAAAAAGCCAUGUGGGAAUCAGGCCUGGACUCGUAUAACAUCUACGCCAAAACUGUCGGGGGUGUGAGGACAACAAGCCAGUUUAGCAUUUCGUCAAGACGGGACUGGUGGCCACUUUUAGGGGACAAGGACAACAGUUAUCAAGGAACCACACAUUCCUUCUCAGAUGACGAUCCGAUCGUCAGGUAUUUGAAUAGGGCAGACGUGAAGAAAGCUCUUCAUAUUCCACCUGGUCUUCCAAAGUGGAAUGUUUGUAGCUCCGUGCCAUAUAAACAAAUCUAUGACACGAUGAAGGACAUAUAUCAGAUGCUGCACGGAAUGAUGCGUAUAAUGGUGUACAACGGAGACCUUGAUAUGGUGUGCAACUAUCUCGGAGACGAAUGGUUUGUGGAAUCUCUCGGUUUUGCAAAAGCUGGAGCAAGGAAGCAUUGGUUGUAUCCUGACUCAGACAGCACAAAGCAAGUCGGAGGUUUUAGACAGGACUACAGCGGUAACGUCAGACUGGUCACUGUGAUGGAUGCUGGUCACAUGGUACCACAAGACCAACCAAGAAAAGCCUUGCAAAUGUUCGCAGACUUUAUCAAAAACAAUUAAAUAAAUCAUUAACAGUGUCUUUGAUUAAGAUGUUGGUCAACAAAAAUAGUUACCAAGAGACCUCUUUUUUAUCUGCUUCAAUGUCUGCAGAGAUGUAAUAAUGUAUUAACAUGUCAAAUGCAUUUUGGUGAUGAAAUUAAAAGCUUCUUUAACUUUA